AUGACUGCUGGUGGCGAACCAGUCGGCCGGAUCGUCAUGCAACUUCGCAACGACGUUGUCCCGAAGACAGCAGAAAAUUUCCGUGCUCUUUGCACGGGAGAGAAAGGAUUCGGCUACAAGGGAUGCACUUUUCAUCGUGUCAUUCCCGAUUUCAUGUGCCAGGGCGGAGACUUCACCAAUCACAACGGAACCGGAGGAAAGUCGAUCUAUGGAAACAAGUUCGAAGAUGAGAACUUCACCCUUAAGCACACCGGGCCUGGAAUGCUUUCAAUGGCAAAUGCUGGGAAGAACACAAAUGGAUCGCAGUUUUUCUUGACCACGGUGUCGACUCCAUGGUUGGAUGGAAAGCAUGUUGUUUUCGGUUCUGUUAUUGAGGGCAUGAAUGUCGUGAAGAUGAUAGAGACACUGGGCUCCCAGUCAGGGAAGCCAAGCAAGAAAGUUGUUAUCGCUGACUGCGGCCAACUCUAA